GGCUGCCUGAGUUUCACUUCGGCACAGCAGGACCAACCGGUGACAGAGCGCCAUGACCUCUGGGAGCAGUUCCUCAGCUGCAGAUCCUACCUUGAGGAGAAGAAUUGAACCCUGGGAGUUUGAGAAUUUCUUCGACCCCAGACAGCUCCGGAAGGAAGCCUGCCUGCUCUACGAAGUCCAGUGGGGCAGUAAGAGCAAAUGGACGCACACAGCCAGGAACACCACCCAGCACGUCGAGAUCAACUUCCUAGAGAGGCUGACCACAGAGAGGCAUUUCCAUCCCUCAGUCCGCUGCUCCAUCACCUGGUUCUUGUCCUGGAGUCCCUGCUGGGAAUGCUCCAAGACUAUCCGAGAGUUUGUGACUCAGCACCCAAGUGUGACUCUCGUCAUUUAUGUGGCACGACUCUACUGGCACAUGGAUGGACAGAACCGGCAAGGACUUCGGGAGCUCAUUAACAGCGGAGUGACCAUCCAGACGAUGAGAGCCUCAGAGUAUGAUUACUGUUGGAGGAAUUUCGUGAACUACCCGCCUGGCGGAGAACACCAAUGCCCAAGGUACCCGCCUCUGUUCCUGGGGCUGUAUGCAUUGGAACUACACUGUGUGAUUCUAGGUCUCCCUUCCUGUUUCAAGGUGUCAAAAGGAAAGCAGGAUGAACUCAUCAUCUUCAGAUUCGUUCCCCAAGUGUGUCAUUACCAAAGGAUUCCGCCUAAUAUCCUUUUUGAGAUAGGAAGUCACUUCCACUAA